CACCUUCCCCCCAGCACCUUCCCCCCUGCACCUUCCCCCCUGCACCUUCCCCCUUGCACCUUCUCCCCUGCACCUUCUCACCUGCACCUUCUCACCUGCACCUUCUCACCUGCACCUUCUCACCUGCACCUUCUAUCUUCAUCCUGAUUCAGCGCAUCUGCCUGUGUCUUUCUGUGGAUCCUUGCGUGUAUCACCUCUCCCCGCCAGGCUGGCUGGAGAGGCGGAGGCCAAGUGCAAGUACUCGUCCUACUUGGAGCUAGGCCCUGCUACUGUGGAGCCCUGCGCCUUUGGAGAGCAUCCUCUUAAGUAUCCUCCGUAUUGCCCUUUUAUCCUUGCUUUUCCUGUCAUCCGUGUCAUCUGUGUCAUCUACCAGGCUGGAGAGGCGGAGGCCAAGCGCAAGUACUCGUCCUACUUGGAGCUAGACCUCGCCACGGUGGAGCCCUGCGGUUUUGCUAUCCCCAAGGCCCAGCAGGACAAGGCAGUGAAGGUGGCACUAAAGGAAGGGGUGGAAUCCGAGCUGGUGCACGGCUCUGUUGCUAUCAUUGCUGCCAUCACCUCCUGCACCAACACUUCCAACCCCUCCUUGUGCCUCUGUCUGUCUUGCCUGAACUUCCCUGGCUUCGCCAUCCCCAAGGCGCAGCAGGACAAGGCAGUGAAGGUAGCUCUCAAGGAGGGGGUGGAAUCCGAGCUGAAGCACGGGUCCGUGGUCAUUGCUGCCAUCACCUCCUGCACCAACACGUCCAACCCGUCGGUGAUGCUGGCGGCAGCGAUUGUGGCGAAGAAGGCGAGUGAGAGGGGGCUCCAGGUGAAGCCGUAUGUGAAGACGAGCCUGGCGCCUGGGUCCAACGUCGUCACCAAGUACCUCGAGGCCAGUGGUCUUCUCCCAGCUCUGGAGGGGCAGGGCUUCCACGUGGUGGGCUAUGGCUGCACCACGUGCAUUGGGAACUCAACCAUCCUCUGGACCCUCCUCCUCUUGAUCCUUAUUUCCCCCUAUCUUUGUGCAGUGGUCUCCUCCCAGCUCUGGAGGGGCAGGGCUUCCACGUGGUGGGCUAUGGCUGCACCACGUGCACUGACUCAUAACCCUCCGCUCCCUCUACCCGCCUUCCCUCCUCUUCCCUCUCUUUUAUGCAGUGGACUCCUGCCAGCUCUGGAGGGCCAGGGCUUCCACGUGGUGGCUAUGGCUGCACCACGUGCACUGACUCAUAACCCUCCGCUCCCUCUACCCGCCUUCCCUCCUCUUCCCUCUCUUUUAUGCAGUGGACUCCUGCCAGCUCUGGAGGGCCAGGGCUUCCACGUGCUCUGGAGGGCCAGGGCUUCCACGUGGUGGGCUAUGGCUGCACCACGUGCAUCGGGAACUCAUGCGUCUCCUUUCCCUUUUCUCUCCUUCCCUCCUCUCUCUUGUGUCUUCAGUGGCCUCCUCCCGGCUUUGGAGGGCCAGGGCUUUCACGUGGUGGGCUAUGGCUGCACAACGUGCAUUGGGAACUCUGGGGAGAUUCACGAGGCCGUUGGACAGGCCAUCGCUGACAACGCAUAUCCGGAUAACGCCACGUGCAUUGGGAACUCGGGGGAGAUUCACGAGGCCGUUGGACAGGCCAUUGCUGACAACGACCUCGUCGCAGCAGCAGUGCUGUCUAGUAACCACGACGUUGGGGGCUGUGCCCAUCCUCUUACCCAAGCCUACCCUCCUUCCUUUUCCCUUCGCUGUUUCCCCCUUCUCUUCCCCUCCAUCUCGCCCACGAAUCAACAGACCUUGUCGCAGCUGCGGUGCUGUCCGGUAACCGUAACUUCGAGGGCCGUGUGCAUCCGCUCACCCCGAGCCAACUACCUUGCAUCCCCGCCCCUCGUCGUGGCAUACGCGCUUGCUGGCACGGUGGACAUUGACUUUGAGACGGAGCCCAUCGGCACAGACAAGGGUGUGGACAUUGACUUUGAGACAGAGCCAAUCGGCACGGACAAGGACGGCAAGGAGGUGGACAUUGACUUUGAGUCGGAGCCCAUCGGCACGGACAAGGACGGCAAGGAGGUGGACAUUGACUUUGAGACGGAGCCAAUCGGCACGGACAAAGACGGCAAGGAGGUGUUCCUUCGAGACAUCUGGCCCAGCAACGAGGAGGUGGCAGAGGUGGUGGAGAGGGCGGUGCUCCCUCAGUUCUUCCAGUCAGUCUACAAGGCAGUGAAGGAGGGUGCCACGAACGCCCUCUCCAAUUCCUCACCACCCCUCAGUUCCCCAUCUUCACCACUCUAA